AUGGCGGCGGAGCUGCAUCCGCGGAGCGGAAAGCUGAUCGGCCUGUCCAACUCGAACCGAACCGCCCGGCGCAACCAGCCAGUCCAGGAGUUCAACCAUGGACUGGUGCUUAGCAAGGAGCCGCUGAGGGACCGGGAUGUCUUCACCGUCCGCAUUGACAAGAAGGUGAACUCGUGGAGCGGUUCGAUUGAGAUUGGCGUGACGGCACUGGACCCCGCCGCGCUGGACUUCCCCAGCAGCGCCACAGGCCUUAAGGGCGGCUCCUGGAUCGUGUCGGGCUGCUCGGUGCUGCGUGAUGGCCGCUCGGUCCUGGAGGAGUACGGCCGCGACCUUGACCAGCUCGCUGAGGGCGACCGCGUGGGCAUUCAGCGCAGCUCCCGCGGGGAGCUCCACCUCUGGGUUAAUGGGCAGGACUGCGGUGCGGCCGCCAGUGGCUUGCCGCCUAAGCUCUGGGCAGUGGUGGACCUGUACGGCAAGUGCACUCAAGUGACGGUGGUGAGCUGUGAGCCACCACCGCCCUCUGCAGAGAGGGAGAGAGAGACAAUAGAGCAGGACGGGGAGGAGGAGGAUGAGGAGGACGAGGAGGAAGAGGAGGAAGAGGUGGUGGUAUGCGGGGGUCGGGAGGAUGCAGGGAGCACGGCCCUGAUGAAUGUGGCAGCAAUGAAUGGAAUGAUGAAUGGAGAUGAAGUGCCUGAGCUUAGCUGCAGUCACAACAGACCAGACAAGUUCCCCAACAACCUGGACCCAGACACGGUUCUAACGGAGCACCAGCUCUUCGACGUGUUCAACAACGCAAUAGUAUCUUUUUAUCGCUCUGAGGAUGAGGGCGGAGGGGAAGAUGGUGGAGGUGGAGGAGCAGGAGGAGGCAGCGGUGGAGGAGAAGGAGGAGGAAAUGCAGGCACUGACUCCUCGUCCAGAAAUGAGAGAGGGAGCAGCAGCGGAGGAGGUGUAGUGAACAGUGACAAUGGAACGGGGACAACGGGAGGAGGAGGAGCAGCAACUGGUGGUGGUGGUGGAGAGGGUGGAAAUAUAAAUAACAGUCCAGCUAGUAAUGGAGGGGUGGGGCCAGCAGCUCUGACAGGAGGGAUGACCACCAAUGACGCGCUGCUGUUCCACGAGAAAUGUGGCAUACUGAUCAAACUGAGCAACAACAACAAGACGGCGGAGCGGAGGAGGCCACUUGACGAGUUCAACAACGGCGUGGUGAUGACCAACCGGCCGCUCCGACACAACGAGAUGUUCGAGAUCCGUAUUGAUAAGUUGGUGGACAAGUGGUCAGGCUCAAUAGAGAUUGGUGUGACCACACACAACCCCAACAACCUGGACUAUCCUGCAACUAUGACCAAUCUGCGCUCAGGUACAAUCAUGAUGAGUGGCUGUGGGAUACUAACCAACGGGAAAGGAACCCGCAGGGAAUACUGUGAAUUCAGCCUCGAUGAACUUCAGGAGGGAGAUCACAUAGGGUUGAUGCGCAAAGCCAGCGGAGCGCUCCAUUUCUACAUCAAUGGCAUCGACCAAGGUGUUGCAGCAGCCCAGACCCCUGGUGUGGUCUACGGUGUGGUCGACCUCUACGGCAUGGCCGUCAAAGUCACCAUAGUCCACAACCACAACCACAGUGACCGCCUCAGACGCAACAACGCUAUCAUGAGGGCUUUAUCUCCCGAUGUCGGUCGGCCCCGGCCGGUUCUCUCCCUAACUCCAGACACAGAGGGGCCCGACCGCCUGCUCUUCCACCCCAACUGUGGCCAGAAGGCUGCUAUCAUCAGUGACGGCAGGACGGCGCUGCGGCCACAUGCGACUGAUGACUUCAACCAUGGCGUGGUCCUGAGCAGCCGGCCUCUGCGCUCCAAUGAGGUGUUCCAGGUCCGCAUCGACAAGAUGGUGGACAAGUGGGCGGGUUCCAUCGAAAUCGGUGUCACAACGCACAACCCCGCAUACCUGCAGCUGCCCUCCACCAUGACAAACUUGCGCUCAGGGACAUGGAUGAUGACAGGGAACGGUGUGAUGCACAAUGGAACAACGAUACUGGAUGAGUACGGACACAACUUGGACCGGCUCAAGGCAGGUGACACAGUAGGAGUGGUGAGGAAAGAGGAUGGCAGCCUCCACUUCUUUGUGAAUGGUGUGGCUCAGGGCCCAGCGGCCUGGAACGUUCCUCCCAGCGUCUAUGCUGUGGUCGACCUCUAUGGACAGGCUGCUCAGGCCACCAUCAUGGACGACAUGGUGGACCUCCCCCCGCUCCCAGAGGACAGCUCAGAGGGCCCCACGGCCAUGUCCCCCGGGAGCCCCUGCUCAGUAGCCGGGGCCACCACGACCAGCGACCUGCGUUUCCACCACCUACACGGCACCAAUGCUGUCAUCACCAACGGGGGGCGCACCACCCUGCGCCAGAACUGCCGCAGCGAGUUCAACGACGCUAUUGUCAUUUCCAACAGGUGCCUUCGAGAUGGAGAGCUGUUUGAAAUUGUUAUUCAGAAGAUGGUGGACCGCUGGUCGGGUUCAAUAGAAGCAGGAGUGACAGCCAUCAGACCAGAGGAGCUCGAGUUUCCAAACACUAUGACUGAUAUCGACUAUGACACUUGGAUGCUCAGUGGAACAGCCAUAAUGCAGGAUGGCAACACGAUGCGCAACAACUACGGUUGUGACCUGGACUCCCUAACCACGGGCUCACGGAUUGGCAUGAUGCGCUCAGCCAGCGGUGACCUCCACUACUACAUCAACGGCGUGGACCAGGGUGUCGCCUGCUCCGGUUUACCUCCAGAGGUGUAUGCAGUGAUCGACCUGUAUGGUCAGUGUGUUCAGGUGUCCAUCACCAGCUCCUCGGGCCCGCUGGACAACAGCCUCUGUACCAGCAAUAUCACUGAGAAGAGCUUCCCCAUUCACUCACCAGUAGCAGGCGUUGCUCAUAGGCUCCACAGUAAACACGGUAAAAACGUGGUGCUUCUCGGAGAAGGCUGCCAGGCCGUCAGAGUUGGAGGUUACGCUCACGGAAUUGUGUUCAGUGUGAAGGAACUCAAAGCGGACGAGUUGUUUGAGGUGAGGAUUGAUGAAGUGGAUGAGCAGUGGUGCGGUUCGCUGCACAUCGGUCUGACCACACUGGCACCUCCGGAGCUGCCGUCCUGCCCGCUGUCAGGUCUCUCCCCCUCCCUCCCGCAGCUUCGCACCAAGGUCACCUGGCUGCUCUGCGGCUCUGAGGUCCGUCGCAACGGCGUGCUGCAGCGCCAGAACUACGGCUGUUCACUGGACCGGCUGACGGUUGGGAACCGUGUGGGUGUGAAGAGGUGCAGUGAUGACACCAUGCACGUCUUCAUUGACGGAGAAGACAUGGGACCUGCUUCUACUGCCGUGGCCAAGAAUGUGUAUGCAGUCCUGGACCUUUAUGGGCGGAUAACAGCUGUGUCCAUUGUCAGCUCCUCGUUGAUGGAGGACAUGGAGAGCGUGAAGGCGCCCUCGCUCUCCUCAGACAGCUGCAGUGAAGGAGAGGAGGACAGCACUCCUGUCAGGGAGGUUGAGGCUGAGCCGUGUGCGCUGGUCCCCACCGUCAUGGCGUUCCUGGAAAACCACGGCAAAAACAUCCAGCUGUCCAACCAGAACCUGACAGCGGCCAGAGUGUCGAGCUACAACCAGGGCCUGCUGGUCACCGCCCAGCCGCUGGCUCGCCAGCAGCUGUUCCAGUUUCAGAUCGACCGUCUGAAUCCGUCAUGGACGUCGUCGCUGUCGUUAGGGGUGAUAGGUCACUCCCCUGACCGGCUCAACUUCCCUUCCACAGCGUGCUGUCUGAAACGCUCCGCCUGGCUGCUGCAGAGAGACUCUGUCUUCCACAACUCGCUGAAGAUAUGUGAGAACUAUGGACCUAAUCUGGACACUUGUCCAGAGGGGACGGUGUUGGGUCUGCUGGUGGACACCAACAGUUGUCUCCACCUCUAUGUCAACGGCAUGGACCAGGGUGUGGCGGCGCAGGACAUCCCUUCACCCUGCUACCCCUUCAUCGACCUCUACGGCCAGUGUGAACAGGUCACUAUAGUCACAAACAAUGUGCCAGCUGUGGGUGGAGAGAGUGGUGAGACCCGUUGUCAGGGCGACAUGGAGAAGGCCGACAUGGUUGAUGGAAUCAAAGAGAGUGUGUGCUGGACGCCCCCUCCAGAAGUCAACCCCAACAAGACCUGUGAGUACCAGGCACUGUGCUCGCGCUUCAAGGACCUGCUCACGUUGCCAGAUGGUUACUUCAACGAAGAUGCCAAGUACAACCUGUGCUACUGUGAGUCGUGCCACAAGCUUCGAGGUGACGAGGCGUAUUACAAGAGAGGCGAGCCGCCGCGUGACUACGCCCUGCCCUUCGGAUGGUGCCGCUUUGCCCUCAGGAUCAAGCCCCACUGUGAGGUUUCUAAUGCACUGAAGAAGUGGCACAUUGCGUACCACGGCACAAGUGUAGGAGCCCUGCGACGCACGCUGGACCACAGCCAGCUGCUGCCUGGGACGUCGUCCAUCUUCUCAGUGUCUCCGGUGAAGGCAGAGGGGCCUAACGGCUACAGCGAGCCAGAGGAGAACAGCGCCCCCGGCAGGGAGGUUCCCAGAGUGCGGCUCUCCCCCACCAUGCGCUACUCCGGUUUGGAGAUCUUUGCUCCCAAAGUGCAAUUUCGGGACCCCCGCUCUCACCGCUGCCACCAGGCACAGGUGGGAUUCCAGGUGUGUGUGCGUCCGGGCUCCUACAAAGUGGGACCCCAGACUCUCGGCCACAGCGAGCCCCUGGACCCUCGCUUCAGCAACUCAGAGAUCGAGUGGAUCACUAAGGAGCAGGGCGGCACGCUCCUCUAUGGACUACUCAUCCGGAUCGAGUGAAAGGAGCAACGAGGGAGGCAUUCGGGUGGAAGUGGGGAGGGUCCGUGUGGCACUCCUUGUACUUUUAAUAAACUGACAACCAAAUCCAACCCCUGCCUUGAGCAAGAGACUCCUCUGGAAUCUAGCAGUUCCUACUGUGGAUUGUUGACAAUUCAGCAUUAUUGAUUUUUUUUUUUUUUUUUUAAUUUGGUUGGUUUUUGGUUGUUUGCUCUCGGAGUCUUUUUAACGGCCGGGGGCUAUGGCGGUUUCAAAGAAGAACAGACACUGCCUGCACUUUAUGUUUCGGACACUCGUGGGCUAUUUUUUUUAACUAACUUCUCAUCGACACGACAUGCUUGUUCAUUUGCGGUGAGGUUUUUUUUUUUUGUUUUGGGUUUUUUUUGCCACAUUUUUGUUCUCAUUCUUCCCAAAAUCUUAUUUUCUUCCACCCUCACAAACCGCUAUUUUUUUUUUUCAGUUUCUUUUGGCACUUAUUUUAAACACUUAUCACCUCUGCUCUGGUCAGUGUUUUUAUUAGAGGAGGAGCUGUCCCCUGCCAACCUGCAUGUUAACAGACUGUCACCUAAAAAGACUGAAAUGUGGGUCAAAAAAAAGGAGGAAAAAAAAAAGAAGUAAGAGUGACAAUGUUUUCACAAAAAUCUUUAAAAAAACAAACAGAAAAAAAAAAAACAGGAAGACACUUGAAUCUGAGACUGAACCCAAGGGUCUUGUAAUUGUGACUUCUUUGGGAAGGGGGGGGGAUUUUAAAACUGGAGGAAGAAAAAAAUGUUUACACAUGUACCACUGUAUGUUGCUGUCCUCUUCAUGUCUCCACAUUAGAAGUCUGGCUACUUUAUUAGUCCUGUUUGCAUCUCUUUUAAGGCCCAGCAUCACUUCUUACUCCUCUUGUUUAAUGGAAAAACAAUCACAGACUUAAAACUGUGGAGAAAACUGGAAAUCGUGACAGAAAAAUUUGACUUCUGAAAAAACCUCCUAAAUCUUAUGGGAAGCCACAACAUAGUGCGGGAUAUUGAAUGGCAAACUAUGUUCCAGCUUUACAGCUGUUGUGCUACAAGCUACAUGAUGAAAUAUUUAAAAAAAAAAAAAAAAAAAAAAAAAAAUGUAUAUAUUUACUUCUAUAUUUGGUGGGUUGUGAUACACCUACUGCUGCUGGCACAAGCGCAAAGAUUUAAAGGAACUUUUAUACGUUUUGGGAAAUAAGCUUAUCCGCUUUCUUGCCAAGGGUUAGAUAAGAUUAUACCACUCAUGUCUGUACAGUAAAUAUGAAGCUACAGCCAGCCAGCCCUUUGGGCACUCUCCCGGAUGGUUCCCAUAGAGAGGUAUAGGGAGGCGGCUGCGUGCUGCUUUUUAUUGGACAUUGUUUGUUACAUUUAACAAACAAACCACUAAGUCUCUAUCCUUGAAGUCUGUUCUCCCGUUAACCCGAAAAAUCUAGUUUGAAAACACUUCUGACAAGAUAUAAAUCUCACCUUUGUGAUGCUUGUGGAAGGCGCUGCAGUCGAAAACGGAUUGGGUCAAGCCACACAAACGCGAGAGAGUUUUCAAAGUUUUUUUUUACUAAUACAUGAGAAAGUAUUUUGAUGAGGACUAAGUGACUGAUUUGGCAAAUGUGGGUCUGCUAAAACGCCCCCUACUCCGCUCAAGUGCAGCAAGCGGUCGCUUCCCUAAGCUUUUUCUGUGGGAACCGUCUGGGAAAGGUCCCGAGCCGGGCCAGCAACCGGCCCGGAUGUAACAACAUCCACCUGUUGGCCACUGAUUGACACAUUUCAUCUCGUACGUUUAAAUCCCUACAUAAGCUUAAGUGUAAAAAGAAAAACCGCCAAUUAUCUGCCAAAUUAUUUCAUGGACCAGUCGCCAGGCAACCAGUGGAGUCUCCCUGGGUUGCCUGGCAACUGGUAACAGUCCGGGCCAACAAAUUGCUCGCCACAGAGCCACCUGUACGGCUGCGAGUUAACGAUUCUACACUUGAGCUUUUGCACAGAAAGAAACAACCGAGAUAUAAUGUGUUAACUAGUGAGCUUUAGAAGUUCUGGUAGGUGGGUUUUACCUUUAAACAGAGAGAGGCCAGCGGUCUGUGGCUGGCUGUAGCUUCGUGUUAGCAAACAUACAGAGGAGUGGCGUCUUAUCUUCAGAAGCGAAUAACCGUUAUUCCUAAAAUGGCGAGCAUUUCUUUUAACAGUGGUUAAAUGGACUGAAGCCAAAGGGUUGAAAGGGUUUUAGGCAUCGCUCCCGCUCUAGCCCUCUCCUCCGUCGUUUACACCCGACCCACUCACACCUCCGCUCCAUCCAUCCGUCAUGCAUGACUGUUUACCGGGCAGGACCUCCAGACCCAACAGAGAGGCGACCAGAUCAGCGGGACGUCGAGUCGUCUGCACACCACGACCUUUACUGGUGUUUACAUGUGAAUGUUAUCAGUUAGGGCUCUGCUGUUCUAUUAUGUCGUCUAACAUUGAUUUACAUUUGUCAAAAAUGUUUAUACAAGGGGUUUUAUUUAAUCCAAAAACAUCCACCUAAUGACUGAUUGUAUUUGAACAGCUUUCCAAAGCGUCUCUUUCUUUUUCACCGUUCUCAGUCCUGUUGCCAAUUUGAUAAACCUGCUACAGAACAUGUAACCCCAACAUUUUUUGUUUUGUUUUUCCAAGGCACAGUUUUGAGGAGUUACACUCAAAAAUUGUAAUUAAAGAAGCUCAGUCACCUUCUAAGAGCAGCUGUGAUUUGACUGAUGGAAGAUCCGCGGGGUUUGGCAAAGGACAAACCUCCAAUCAAAAAUGUGAAAAAUAUUAUUAUGGGUUCUUUACGGCCCAGUGCUGCUUUGUACAAUUUGAUUUGUAUUUUUUUUUUUUCCUUUCUUUUUUUUGUUCGUUUGUUUUACUGUAUGUUGCGUUGUACAGGCUGUUACAUAACAAAUCAUAUCUUCCUGAUUUAUAGAAAAUAAAAAUAAACUGACAGACAGUAUGCACAGAA